AUGUUCAAUACGAGGAAACGAGGCCAGAAACAAGAAUACGUCAUCAAGUGGAAAGGAUACAGAGGAAAAGACUUAGGAACCACUCCAAAGCUUGGCACAUUGUCGUACGAUAUCACGACAGUUCCACUGGGACAGACUUGUCGUGUAAAUCCACAAACAAAAUGUACCAAUUCAGCUUCCACCGAAUUGUCAAACAUAAAAGGACGAACCCCCCCCCCGGGGGGAGACCAGGUUCAGAAGCUCAACGACGACAAACUCUCCAAAGUACCGUCUCUUCAAAAGAAAAGCCCGGCAUCCACCCACGGCAGUAACUCUUCCAACAUGUCGAGCCACGUUACCAUCCUCGCCGGCAUCGUCGCCGCCUUCGGAACCCUCGCCGCAGCCGAGAGCUUCACCGGCCGUUCGCUGGCGUACCGACUCCCGAACUCCGUGUUGGGCGAUGCCUGCCACCCUAACCCCGACGCGUCCUUGACCCUGGGGGACAUCAGCAUCAUCCCCGCCUGCUUUGCCGAGCAAAGGAUUUCGGAAAAGUGCGAACUCGACACGGGCGCCCUGGCGGACUUGAACAACGCCGCCAAGAUGAACGCAUAUCGGGACUGCCUCUUCGGCGCCGGCAGCACCUACCAGAACGACCGCAAUGCCUGCCUUACCUGCAAAGUCGAAAACGGCAUUCACACUGCUGCCCAGGACCAGUUCUGGAUCAACAUUUACAAGAAGUCUGAUGCCAUGUUCCAGAGCGCCAAUCCCUUGAACAAGGGCCUUUGGCAAAUGACUCUGGCACUCAUCGGUGACUGGUCCACGUACCCCCAGCCGAACGCAAAGCCAAAGGCCGGAUACCGUGCUAGUCAGGCCCGCUCUCAUGAGCUGCAGAAUGUUGGCAGCUACAGUCUUGCUCGCCGAUCGAAGAGAUCUGACAAGCAGGCUUCUGCUUCCCCCGCAUGGAAGCUUGAUGUUGAGGAGGCCUUUGAUGCCAAUGACGUCGUCAUUGCCGCCUCGGCUAGGUGGUACUAA